GCGGGGGAUGCGCGGGGCGCGGAGAGCUCCCGGCCGAGCCCUUUGUUAUGCUAAUCCGGGCUGACAUCACGUAUCAAAGCCGCGGGGACCGCAUAUAAGGAGGCUCCGCGGGGCCGCCGAGGCAGAGGGGAUCUAGACUCAGCCCUCGCUCUGCCCCGGGUGGAGGUUGUGCAUCCCCAACACAGGGGCUGAAGGAAAUACAUCGCACAGGAGAUUCAGAAGCCUCCUAUUUUCCCCUCUCGAAGCUGAUUGCCUACUGGGGGACGGUGGAGAAAAUGAAGCCGAACCCGCAAUUUUUGCUAGCUGCUUUUCUGUCCUUGAUUCUGCAGACGGGGAUUUGCUAUGGGAUAAAAUGGAUAGCUCUGUCCAAGACUCCUUCGGCUUUGGCCCUGAAUCAAACCCAGCACUGCAAGCAGCUAGAAGGCCUGGUGGUUUCCCAGGUGCAAUUGUGCCGCAGCAACCUGGAGCUGAUGCAGACCAUCAUCCAGGCGGCACGGGAAGUGAUAAAGACCUGCCGUAAAACUUUCUCAGACAUGAGGUGGAACUGCUCUUCCAUCGAGCUGGCUCCUAACUACCUGCUGGACUUAGAGAGAGGUACAAGGGAGUCAGCAUUUGUGUAUGCCCUUUCUGCUGCUGCUAUCAGCCAUACCAUUGCCAGAGCCUGCACCACCGGGGACCUCCCUGGCUGUUCCUGUGGUCCCAUCCCAGGUGAGACACCUGGACCUGGGUAUCGAUGGGGAGGAUGUGCAGACAACCUCAACUAUGGUCUUAUCAUGGGGUCCAAAUUUUCAGAUGCUCCCAUGAAGAUGAAAAAAUCAGGAUCACAAGCCAAUAAACUGAUGCAUCUGCACAACAGUGAAGUAGGGAGACAGGUCUUGAAAGCCUCUCUUGAAAUGAAAUGUAAAUGCCAUGGAGUUUCUGGGUCAUGCUCUAUCAAGACCUGUUGGAAAGGCCUUCAAGAGCUGCGAGACAUUGCACUGGACCUCAAAAACAAGUAUUUGUCAGCCACCAAGGUCGUUCAUCGGCCCAUGGGCACACGCAAAUACCUCGUGCCAAAGGAUAUUGAUAUCAGACCGGUUAAGGAGACAGAGCUGAUUUACCUGCAGAGCUCGCCUGAUUUCUGCAUGAAGAAUGAGAAAGUGGGGUCACACGGGACCCAGGACAGGCAAUGCAACAAGACCUCCAAUGGGAGUGACAGCUGUGACCUGAUGUGCUGCGGCAGAGGCUACAACCCCUACAUGGACAAAGUGGUGGAGAGGUGCCACUGCAAAUACCACUGGUGCUGCUACGUCACCUGUAAAAAGUGUGAGAGGACUGUCGAGAGAUACGUCUGCAAAUGAAAACACCUCGCUCUGCUGAGCUGAGAUGCUUCAGAGAAGAGAAAAUACUUCCUUGACUAGAUGUCGCUCAUCUUGUACAGACAUAGACUUGAAGAAAGAUGGUAGGAGGAAAAAAAAAAAAAAAAGCAAUCACAUCAAGUAAAAAAGUGACUUUAAAGAAAUGUAAAAAAUGGAAGGCUUUCCCCUGCCAAUAAAAUGCUCUCUGAGAAGACACAAACUCAUUUGGGAUGGUAUCUUCUUCCAAAAUCUUCCCUAUGGUUGCCAAUGACAUCCAGCCAUCAAGUGCCUUAAUAUUUUGAGAAGCUAAAGUAGAAACUUUCCCUUGGGGAAGAAAAGCAGCUCCUGUCUGAAUAUAACCAAGAUUCAUGCUUGCCUAUGCCUUCUUGCACAGAUACUGAGUCUGCAUUAGAACCAUCCCAGAAGCAAAAACUCUACAACUUUUCAGCAAUAACUGCAUUUGUUGCCAAAGACCUAAUUUUUAAAAUGGAGGCAUCCACUCUGGGUGGAAAAAGUGGGAAGAAUUCAGGUCCAUGCCCUGAAAUGACCAACUCAUUUUAACCUUUCUUUUAUGCAGGUCUGUGACUUCCAAUGGGACUUUUCCACAGGAAAACUUGACCCUAAGUUGUCUAGGCUUGAUGGAUUUUCACACUCAGCUAUGGAAAACAAACAAACAAAAAGCCAGAUGCCAGAGACAGUGAGAAUAGGGCAUGCUGAGAAGGGUGUUAUGAGGUUCUUGGGUUGUAGUGGAGCCAUUAGGAUAAAGUAUGACACUGAAGUGAAAAUCCAGUGGAAAAUAAUAAAACAUACAAAGC